UAAAAAAAAAUCGCUAAAUUAUUGAAAUUUUGUCAUCAGUGACACAAAAAAGUCCGAAACGCCGCACACUCUUCCGAUUCACCAGUCACCACACUCAAUUUUCAGAUGAGUGAAGAACGGAAGAUGCCUCCGGCAGAUGAUCGGAAAACCACUGCAUCGUCGUUAACAACCUCCACUUCCGGCAGCAAAAAAGUCGUAAUCAAAAGCGCCGAUAUGAAUGAAGAAAUGCAAACUGAUGCUGUCAAUAUCGCCAUUUCUGCGUUUGAGAAUUGCAGUGUGGAGAAGGAUGUAGCGGAAUUGAUUAAGAAGCAGUUUGAUAAGAAUCACGGUCCUACGUGGCACUGUAUCGUCGGCAAGAACUUCGGGUCUUACGUGACUCAUGAGACAAACCACUUUGUGUAUUUCUAUUUGGAUUCAAAGGCAGUGUUGCUGUUCAAAUCUGGUUGAGCCUGCUUACAUAUGCAUUCAAGUUACCAAUUGUAGCUGAACAUGCAUGCUUGUGAUGUUGUAUAUUACACUCCACUAUUAAAUCUACUUUGGUGUUUGAAUAAUAAUAUAAUAUAAUAUAAUAUAAUAAUACCCUUCAUUGUCUA